CUUAUGGCUAGCAUGCUAGCAUGGUACAAAAAAGCGCACCAUUAUAUCAACACGUUGUUUAUUUAAAAUAAAGAGUUAUUACACGUGUGAAUUCGUAGAACCACUUAUGUAGGGUGGAUGUGAAUGUGUUGUGUUUACAAACCGCAUGCCAACAAUGUUGUGUUGUUGCAAUGUACAUAUACCCGCAUAAGUUAAAUUCUUAUCAUCCGUGUUUUAUUAUGCACUAACCUGCCAGGCACUGACUGCUUCCACACCCAGUAUCUACAAGAACAUCCAUCAAAUGAUUAAUACGAUAAUAUUAGCAGCAUAAAAUGUGAUCCAUUAGCACCACAGUACACAAGUUGACGUUAGUUUCUUGUUGGUGGUGAUAAGUGUACGUUGAGUUGAUAUGGGCUCACUAGAGGCCCAUUGCAACCUACAAACCGAUAUUCCCAAAAGGCACCACACGAACCAUGAUUAAAAACAGAACGAGCUACUUUGCUUAUAGGCUACAUAUGUAUGUACAAGCAGUAUUUAACAUCCCAAAAUAAAAAUACUACAUCAAGCAUGACAUCACUUGCUUUUUAACAUUUAGCAUUUUGAGCAUUUCUUUCUAGUCUAGUGUAACCACACGUUUUCAGCAAAAACACACUUGUUGCAUGUUGUUGCUGCUCAAAAGAUAUAUAUUUUUUAACUUUUGGAAACUGUUAAUGUGCUUAUUAUGCAAAGAUUUGUCACAGCAUUGUGAGUGUGUGUGAUUAGACACACCUUAGAAUUGUUGCUGCUAGCUUUAAUUGCUCAUUUAUUUACAGUAUAUACUGUGUAAGGUUCUGUGAGCUGCACACACUAUGUAGCCCUCAGUUACUCCUGUGGUCUUUUUGCAAGUGAGCAAAUGCUUCACACCAAAGGGUUCUGUGGAGUUAGUCGAUUUCUUUACUCUGUCAUUAAUAAAACCAUGCAGGCAGGGCCGUUUCUAUCCCUGCGGGGGCCCUAAGCAAGAUGCUUUUGAAGGGCCCCCAGUUUGUCCAUCUGAGAUGAAAAGAUUUCUAAACCUUACUUACCUGGUCCACUAAGAUGCCACGAUUUAUUACAACUCAUGAGCAAAACAGGCUGCAGUUCAAAUGAAGUUGAGCCCCUCACUCAAGUUAAGCUGAUAAAAAGAAUUACAAUGCAAGGAAAACAACUAUCCUCUGUAAAAAAAAAUAAAUAAAUAAAAAAAAAAUGAUCACACUCACAUUUUGAGCGUUUACAAAAAUGUUUACUUUAAAUAAGAAAAUUUAUCACAAUAAAUGUGGUAAGAGCAGGUACAUUCAGCAAUUAAAUUUAAAUAAGUCACCCAAAAUGCCACUUGGGAGGAAAUGGCCCCCGGAACCAAAGCAAAUUUACUCUUAGGGCGCAUCAGAUUGGUAUCAGCUCCCCAGUAAGCUGUCUGUUCAAGAGCUGGUCUCUCUGAACAUUUUUAAAUCGUGGUUAAAAGGUUUGGAGAAAAGCCGCGGUGGUUGUACAUCUUUUAUUUAACUGUAUGACACACUCUUUAAUAUGUGCACAUGUAAACAGUUUUGUGUCUAUAAUAUGUUUUUAAUAUGUUCAAUGUUUUAUGCCGUGCACUUGGCCCAGGUUGGUCUUGUAAAAGAGAUGUUCAAUCUAAAUGAGUUUUUAAUGUGGUAAAAUAAAGGCCACAUGAAAAAAAUCAGGUCUAGACACCAGAUUUACAAUAGAUUGUUAUUUUUAAAAUACUAUAUGGAACAGUAAAAUUCAUUAAAAUAAUCGGAAACGAGGGAGAUUGCUAAAGUUGUUCAACAAAAUUACACAAAUGCGAAAUAAACAGAUAAACUUGUGACUUCCUGUGUAGACUUUUAUUUUGUCAUGCCCAUUUCCUGUGUUCGCCCUCCUGUGGCAAGUUACGCUCUGUAAAGCUGGCAGCUGCCGAUUAUUUCUUCAUUUUCUUUUGCAUGUGUUGCUCCACAAUCAUUUGAUUGCUUUUGCUUCCUUGCACCUUUUGGAGGAUAAAGCAUUUAAGGGAUACACAAUAAACGCGCGAGGUAGCUACAGAUGGAGACAUUUUCAUUCUCCUCAGAUGAGGCUGAACAUGCAGCUUUGGGGCCCCCUGUUGGCUGUGGCGCCCUCGGCAGUCGCCCAGUUCAGUUCGCCUAUAGCAAGAAACGGCCCUACGUUCAGGCCACUAGUAGAUGCUAAAGCCUACUUAAAGCUUUAUUUUUGAUGAGUGAGGCAUGUUUUGAUGUUUAAAAUGCUUCACACUCAGAUUUUCUUGGAUGCUUGUGCACACUGACCUGUCACAAUGAUGGUAAAUCUUAUUAAAUAUACAUAAAUCGGAGCUAUCUGUACUACAUGGGAUGAAAAUGUCAGUUUUGGGAGGUGUAGUACUCAACAUCUAGAAUGCUCAGCCAGGCCAACAUUGCAAAUGCAAUUUAAGUAUUGUCUUAACCUUUAUUUAGACUCAGCGAUCAGGUUUUAUACUUAUAAUUGUGACGUAAUGUAUGAAAUGACGAUAGAGACACGAGCAUGUCCCUGUCAGACGCUGACCUGGGAUCGGCUGACGUAUGGCCUCGGCUAGACAAACGUGGGGGCGGUGCUGAGAGGAACCAAUGGCAGGCAGGCGGCGCGCGGCGUACUCGUUGAUUGGCUUGGCGGUGGAGCCAAUCAGGGGCCGUUGAUGCCUUGCAGUAAACACAUCCGCGCACACGUGCCAAGUGUACGAAGGAAAAAGCGCUCCAUUUGCCGGGCGAGCGUUACUUUAUCAACCGGUGGAUGUCAUUGAAGGGGUGCGUUAAAACGUACAAAUUGCUAUAAAACUGUGCAGGAUGAAAUAUAUAUUUGCGGAGCUCACAUGUACCGACACGGAUCCGCAUCCUCAUGCAGCCUCACAUCUGCACACUGCAGCAGGGAAGUGGCCUUCACACUGCCAGCAACACAUCUCAGGAGGCGAGAACAAACCAGAUAGUUUUUCACACCCAGUCUCUCUCCUCCCAUCUGUCUGAAUGCUUGUGCCAAGGCCGUCUCAUAAACAGAAAUUCAUCUCGUUUGAGUGACACUUUGCAACUAUAUGAAUAUCUACACGACAAAGGGUUCUCAUCCCUACUUUUACUCAAGAAACCAUGAUUUUCUCACCCUAGUUGUAAUCACAAGCAGCCGUCAACAUGAUUCACGUGUAUGUACACAAUAGUCCCACCUAAAUUGAAGCCGUUCCACUUAUUCUUCGGCUGACACCUUCAUCAAGUGGUGCCAGCUUCAUUCUAGUCUAGUAUGAGUUAUGACAUCUCUCAACCGGUGGCCAGCAGCAACACCCGGGGGCGAGUGUCAAGGGCUGCUGAGAAAGACAAUGAUCAGGAGCCUGAGUCCAAAGGGUUAAACGCCGCAAAAAGCACCAAAGCAGAUGUCCCCGCUCCAGAGCAGGAAAACAGAGCCGGGGGUGGCUCAUACACCAGUGGAGGGUCCUCAUCCGGAGACCGUAGGGGGAACAACUCAGACGACAUGGACGGGCUCUCCAGUGGUAACGACUCUGGCGAGAGGGAAAGCGGCUCACGCGGGCGCCAGUCCACACGCAGCUCUAACAGCUCGUCUAAUGGCAAGGACUCCGGCAUGAUGUUGGAAACAACGGAGAGCCACAAAAGCUCCAACUCGCAGAGCCUGUCACCCCCCAGCGGCUCCCUAGCUUACAGCUUGCUGUCCACCAGCUCCGAGCAUGACCCGCCCUCCACCUCUGGCUGCAGCAGCAACCAGUCAGCGAGAGUCCAAACCCAGAAAGAGCUCAUGAAGGCCAUCAAGGAGCUGAAGCUGCGCAUGCCGGCCGAGCGCAAGUCCAAGGGCCACUCCAGCACUCUGAAUGCACUUAAAUAUGCCCUGCAGUGUGUCAGACAAGUCCGAGCCAACAAGGAGUACUAUCACCAGUGGAGUGUGGAGGAGUGUCACGGUUGCAGCCUGGACUUGUCUGCCUUUACAAUCGAGGAGCUUGACAACAUCACUUCAGAAUACACCCUCAAGAACACAGACACCUUCUCAAUGGCGGUGUCUUUCCUGUCAGGGAAGGUCGUGUACGUGUCACCCCAGGGAUCAUCCGUGCUGCGUUGCAAGCCCGAGUGUCUCCAGGGGAUGAUGUUUUCUGAGCUUUUGGCUCCACAAGACGUCAGCACUUUCUACAGUGGCACAGCACCUUGCCGCCUACCCCUCUGGGCCUCCUGCAUCGGAUCUGCCUCACCUGCUGUGGACUGCACUCAGGAGAAGUCCAUGUUCUGUAGAAUCAGCGCUGACCGAACACAGGGUAGCGAGAUGCGCUAUUAUCCAUUUCGUCUGACGCCCUACCAGCUCACCAUUAGGGACUCGGAUACUGCUGAGCCACAGCCCUGUUGCCUGCUCAUUGCAGAGAGGGUCCACUCUGGAUAUGAAGCACCUCGGAUCCCCCCAGACAAGAGGAUCUUCACCACCAGUCACACUCCCAGCUGCCUCUUCCAGGAAGUGGAUGAGAGGGCCGUGCCAUUAUUAGGCUAUCUGCCGCAGGACUUGGUGGGAACCCCGACUCUGCUCUACAUCCACCCUGAAGACAGGCCCACCAUGGUGGCCAUACAUGAGAAGAUCUUUCAGUUUGCUGGGCAGCCGUUUGAGUAUGCGCCACUGAGGAUGUGCGCCCGCAACGGGGAAUACUUAACCAUCGACACCAGCUGGUCUUCAUUUGUCAACCCUUGGAGCCGCAAGGUGGCCUUCGUCGUAGGGCGCCACAAAGUCAGAACGAGCCCGCUCAACGAGGAUGUGUUUACGCCGCUUGAAUGCGAGCCCCGCGUCACCACGCCUGACGUCGUGCAACUCAGCGAGCGUAUCCACCGCCUUCUGGUGCAGCCAGUGCACAGUGGCGUUACAGCUCAGGGUUACAGCUCGCUGGGGUCUAGCGGGUCACGGGGCUCACGCCGCUCAUACCCGCAGCACCUCGGUGCCUCGGCCGCCUCCUCCAGUGAUAGCAAUGGCCCCGCCAUGGACGACGCUGCGGCAGCAGUUGCUUUACACAAGCCUAUGACCUUCCAGCAGAUCUGCAAAGAUGUUCACAUGGUCAAGACUAACGGGCAGCAGGUUUUCAUCGAGUCCCGUAAUAGGCCGCCACCCAGAAAAAACGGCAGCACAGCCACCACAAACAGCCUCAGAGCCAUCCCCGGCGACCCAGUCCGUGGUCUCAUUCCUGACAUGACCAAACCGCUCAAAGACCUGGUACCUGCACCACUUGUACAGAAAGAGCCCCCACCUGGGUACUCCUACCAGCAGAUCAAUUGUCUGGACAGCAUCAUAAGGUAUUUGGAGAGCUGUAACAUUCCUAAUACGGUCAAAAGGAAGUGUGGCUCCUCCUCCUGCACGGCCUCCUCUGCAUCUGAUGAAGACAAACAGCAGCAGGAGGUCGGCGGAAAUGCUAAAGGGGCGUCAGUUAACCUGGUGGGCGAACCCCCCCCUCUGCCCCCACUGACGCUGGCCAUGAAGGCUGAGAGUGUGGCCUCCAUCACAUCCCAGUGCAGCUUCAGCAGCACCAUCGUACACGUUGGGGACAAAAAGCCCCCCGAGUCAGACAUUGUGAUGGAGGAGGCCCCUACCACUCCAACACAUGCUCCUCCUAACCCCGCCCCAACUCCUCCCUCUAGUGGUGCCCCUCCCAGCACUCCUCCUCCUCCCCCACCCCCCACUGCCCUGCCCCUUCAAGUCACACAGCCAGCUCAGCCAGAGAGGGACAACCGGCGUGGUGGGGGAGGCACAGGGGCAGCAGGUGGGGGCAGCCGCUUGGGUCUGACGAAGGAGGUGCUUUCAGCGCACACCCAGCAGGAGGAGCAGGCCUUCCUUGAUCGAUUCAAGGAUCUCAGUAAGCUGCGGGUCUUCGAUCAGACGGCGUCUUCGACUGUGCGCUGCCACACCCCUGCCCCCAACCCUUUGUCGCGAGGGGUGCGUUGCUCUCGUGACUACCCAGCUGCAGGGGGCGGCUCCAGUCACAGGCGCGGUCGUGGCGGUAAGAGACUCAAGCACCAGGAGUCCUCUGACCAGCACAUCUCCGUGGGUCCAAGUAGGGUGCGCCGAGACCCCAGAAGCGACACGUUGCCCGGGCCCCUCAGCAUGCCCCUCGGAGCCCCGACUAACUCCUCUUCUUGGCCGUCUGUCUGCUCUCAGCCCAGCAUUCCCUCCGCCCCAUUUGCACCCGGCAUGGUUCCGAUCUACCCUGUCUACCCACCGCUCACUCAGCCCUUACCAGAUGCAUCACGUUUCCCCCCUACCCAGAUAGUGCCCCCCAUGAUGGCCUUUGUUCUCCCUAGCUACAUGUUCCCUCAGAUGGGCGCUCCCAUGUCUCAGCAAGGCACCACCCCCGUACCAUUCUUCAAUCAAAACUUGAACUAUCCUGGCGCCGCCCAGGUUCCAGUCCCCUCAGUCAUGUCAAACCCGGUGUCCAUUCUUGGCACGGGAGCGCAGUCUCGUAGUAGCACCCCUCAGUCUUACACGCAGACGCCUGCAGACCGCGAGGGCGCAGAGUCCCCGCUCUUCCAGUCUCGGUGCUCCUCCCCCCUCAACUUGUUGCAGCUGGAAGAGUCGCCGAGCAAUCGGUUAGAGGUUGCCACUGCAUUGGCGGCCGCUCAGCAAGCUACGCCCUCUGUGCAGGCGGGCACGGCCGCAGGGCAGAGCUCAGCCAGCAAGAGGAGCUCUGAUGACAACAACAAGGAGAAUGAGAAUGGGGAAGCUAACGAGUCCAACAACGACGCCAUGUCGACUUCCAGCGACCUGUUGGACCUGCUGCUGCAGGAAGACUCCCGCUCGGGUACUGGCUCAGCUGCCUCUGGAUCAGGGUCCUCAGGUUCUGGCUCCGGGUCCAACGGCUGCUGCUCCUCUGGAACCAGCGGCACCAGCAGCAGCCAGGGAAGCCACACCAGCAAAUAUUUUGGCAGCAUCGACUCAUUAGAGAACGACCACGCCCGCAAGCAGCCGGCAGGUGGCGGCGGCGGAAGCACUGGAGGCGAUGGCGGCGAAGAGCAGUUCAUCAAGUGUGUCCUGCAGGACCCCAUUUGGCUGCUGAUGGCCAAUACAGACGACAAGAUCAUGAUGACCUACCAGCUGCCAGUCAGGGAUGUGGAUGCGGUGCUGCGUGAGGAUCGCGAGGCCUUGAGGAACAUGCAGAAGCACCAGCCUCGCUUCACAGAGGAACAGAAGAGAGAGCUCAGCCAGGUGCACCCGUGGGUGCGCACAGGUCGUCUGCCUCGAGCUGUCAACAUCUCUGGCUGCGCCGGCUGCAGGUCUCCCACGUCGGUACCUCCCGCUCCUCCCUUUGACGUAGAGCUCCAUGAGAUGGAGCUGUGCACUGUGCUCAAGACUCAAGAGGGGGGCGCCGCAAAGGUCAAGAAAAGCACAUCGAAGGAGGCCAUGGAGGAGCAUCACCCCGAGGAGGAGGAGGAGGAGGAGGAGGAGGAGGAGGCAGAUGAGGAGGUGGAGGAUGAGGAGAAGAAGGAGGAAGGGGGCAAAACACAAGAGAGCAACCAAGCAGUGACAGUAGAGGAGCCGUUGGAGGACAACACUCAGCCUGACUGAGUCACAAAGUCAGUGGCCAAAGCGUUAAAGACUUUUAAUGUGCACCUUCCUAAAUUGCACAUCCAAUGAUAUCACUACACAUCAUGUGAUGGUGCAUGCUGAUAGGACAGCUGCCAUGUUCCAUCACUAACAUUGACGCCAUCGACAAUGCAGGAUGUUCAUGCUUUUUUUCAAUCCUCUUCCUUUGCUCUUGGCUCGUAUUUAUUUGAGGACAACAAGGGAGGACGGUGAAUGUGCCUCCCAAAAAAUGAUGGAUGUGCUUCACCACAGUGUCCUCCUUGUUCUUCACCCUGAUGUCAACACGCUAAAAAAUGUCCUGCAAAAGAGCAGGCUGACUUUAUUUUGUAAAAAAAAAAAAAAUGUUUAAAGUUUUAUACAUGCAAGGAUGGAGCAGUUAAAGAGAGAGCAUUCAAUUCCGGCACGGUGGUGAAGUGGUUCUUUGCGAUUUGCUUUUUCCUCUUUGUCCCCCUCUGUGGCGCUGUCGUGGUUAUGUGAUAUCCCGCUUCGUGGCGUUGGUGGUGUCUGCAAACAUUUAAUAUUUUUGUCAAAUUCUUUGUACAAAAAAAGACAUUAAAGUUAUU